AGGGACAUGAAAGGCGUCUUGCUUCCUGCUUAUCAUCGCAACCAUCCUUGCUUCCUUCCUACAUAAGAAAAAUGAAUCGAGGAACACCUCCAUCAUUGCAACAGCAAGGUAGUCUUUACUUGGUAGGUUCAGGCGUAAGUCAUGCUUUAGCGCCAGCGAUUCAUAAUACAGUUAUACGUCAAAUUGGAGCAAAUUGGACGUUCAGUAAUCUUGACGUUAAGAGUAAAGAAGAAGCUCUGUCUUAUAUUCGCAAGGAUGAUUUUAUAGGUUGCGUUCCAACAAUGCCACUCAAAAUUCAACUUCUUGAUGUUGUUGAAGAGAUGGAUGAAGCGGCAAAAGCUAUUGGUGCAAUAAAUAAUAUUUACAAGAGGGACGAUAAACUUUUGGGAGCGAAUACAGAUUGGAUAGGAAUAUUGAAAUCAUUAAAGCCUCACAUACCUGAAGAUGUCGAUUCUGAAGGCCUGAUUGUGGGGGCAGGAGGAGCCAGUCGAGCUGCAGUGUACGCUCUAGCGAAACUUGGUUUAAAGACAAUCUACAUCAUCAAUAGAGAUGUCAAAGAAGUGAAUGACCUCAAAAGAGACAUUGAAAAGGGGUUCAAGCUAGCAUCAAUCAUAAUCCCAAAACUUAUUCACCUUGAAACUGAGGAACAAGCUCAACAAAACUUCAACGUCAAUGCAAAAGAACGAAAGGCUGUACUCAUCGGAGUGAGCUGUGUACCUGACCUGGAACCGAGUUCGGAAAGUGAAAAGCAAGCCAGUGCGGUACUUAAGAUUACCCUUAGCCAAAACAAUGGAAUUUUGUUGGAGAUGGCAUAUAAGCCACGUGUGACCCGCACUUUCGCCUUGGCCGAGAAGCACAAUUGGAAAGUUGUUGAAGGUAUAAAUGUUAUUGCCGAACAGGUACAAGCAGUUUGGCAGUUGUUUGCUGGUGUCAAUCUAUCAGAAACGCAGAUCAAGGCUGCUCAAAACGAACUGUGGAGACAGGCGAGCACCCGAGAUGAAUUGAAUUGCAAUGGAAUACCAAAGUCCGCUGCUGUACAUACGAAAUAAUGAAGCCAAAUUGAGCGAUUUGAUAAUCUGAUACCUCUUAUUUGUCCUGCUGACGAACGUAGAUGUUCUGAGAGGACAGCUUUCUUUGU